AUGGGUAAAGUUUUGGACGCAUUUAAGGAAAUGGCACAAAACUGCUCUCCGCCGGCGCCCCCAACACCGCCACUCAGCUUCCGGGAAAUCUGCGAAACAUGCUGCGCCACAGUGCAGUCGAGCACGUGUCCAAACCCGGGAGAAUGGCGGCUGGUGGUGGGUGGCGUCCUGGCGGGCGCCGUGUCCGUCGCCGCCGUGCGACUUUGGCAACGCUGUGAAAGUUCUUCGCGCGGGUCGAGAAGCGACUCUUACAAAAGGAAACUCGCCAAACUUCGAGGAAUGCGCCCGGAAACUCUGGAGUUUCGCAAACAAUCUUUCUCCAUCAGGCGAGUUUCAUGCGGAACUACUUUCGCAAAGAAAACGAGCCCGGAAAUAGUAUCUAGCGACAGAGACUCUGGUGGAAGUAGCAAAGAAGGACAACAAGGAACGGAUCCAAAGCCGGGGUCUGAAAACGCGGAAAUUUUGCGGGCUCCAAUAGGAAAAGCACCACGUGCAGAAAAGCCAGAAUUGCAAGAAGUGUUCAUGAAUCAUCGGAGGUCUUCUCUCGUUGAUCAAAGGACAGGCGGGUACGGAAAAGAGACGUUUGGUGGCCCCAAUUUUGAUAUUUCUGAAGACCCAGUUGAGCAAGCCUCCAAAAAGGAGAGUGAAAUGGACAAAAAGAUUUCAAAGGAACUAUCACAAGUUGCCCUGGACGCGAAACAAACUGCACUCAUCGGAAAAGGUUCCAAAGAACCCAUAACCGUGUCAGAUUUGGCCAUGGGCGGUGGUUCCGCAGUGGCAUCUCGGACAAAAGAAGGCAUAUCCUCCGCUGCGACCACGUCUGGACAAUCCAAAGGAACCACCUCGAUAGAUUUCAUGGAAUCUGUGCCAACUGGUUCGGCGGGAGGCGGAACUGGAUCAAUUCCGGCCGGAUCUGGUUCGAUUUUAGCGGAAGAAGCUGGGACAUCUACUAGAACCUUCAAGACGGUGCACGGCGGAAGUGGUGCCAUGCCUCAAGCCCUCGACACGAGUGUACCACCGACAGGGCUUUCCAGUGCCACUGGCGAUGGGUUGCAGUCUUACAUGGACCCUGGCGCGGAUGAGUCGGGUCAAGAUGGUGGUGGAGGUGGAGGAGAAGAGGAGCAGACUGCAGCGUCACAAGACGAUCUACCUUCUGGAGGGGGUCCUGAUGAACCUGAUGGAGGGGAUCCUGAUGGAGUCUGUCCAGACCCUCCAGUCAAGUGUGAACACGUUUCAGAAUACAUAGAGAAGGAUGAGGAUGAGUUGGAAAAAUUGAAGGCAAUUGGUGCCUUUCCUUCUUGUGGACUCCCAGUCUUCCCCAUUUGCCCUCCCCUGAGUGCGAAACAACAAACGGCCCUGGGCAACGAUCGACGGUCUUCCAUUCGCGGCUCAACCUCAUCGACACAGCCUUCAGCUGAACCCCCAACAAAGGAAGCAAGGAGAUCGUCGCAAACUGGGAGUCGUCAGGGGUCUACUAAAACCCUCUUGGACAAAGAGUCAGAAUUCGCUCCUUGCGUCGACGAUUACGCCUUGUCGACGACGCAGGACGACGGCACUGUCACAGUUUUUGUCCACACUCAAGAUGGCAGAGAGCCUCUGAUCGUUCGGACCGCGGGAACUUGUCCUUGUCCUCAAUGUUUACCAAGACCCCCGAGGCCCUCGAAAGGCGUUUGGGAGAGCAUUUUGGAUACUUUCUGGCCCAUCGAAAAUCCGCCUGAAGUCGGUUGUGCGGGGAAGAAAGGAUUUGCGACCGUUGCACUGACUUGUUGCCAAGCAGCCUCGGCUCUGGGACAAGGCAUGAGUUUUGCUGACAUUGGAUGUUGUUACGAGAGAUUCAUCCUCGUGAACAAGGCACUUGAUGGAACAACCGUGAGGACAUUGAAGAAGUACUUCACCGUCAUCCCUCUCAAUGUCAACGAGUGCAAUCCGCACGAAUUCAGCCAUGCGUCAGCAGUAGCUUUUCUAUGGUCGCUAUGUGAAUUUAGAACCCUCGUUUACUUCGAUCCAACCUGCAAGGUCGUCACUCGAGAAUGCGAAGACCUCCUCGACAUUGAGAGCCUCACUGUGAACUUAGUCGUUAGCGAUAAGCUGACAUCUGCUCAAGAAUGUCAGAUCAUCGUUCUACAGCCGUCUCUGACUCGUUAUGAAGCAAUGAAGACAGCUUUGGACAACCAGGCUGAAUCGGCUGGAGAUUGUAGCCAAGUUAAUCUGUGUUCGGCAAUAGUCGACGCAUUUGGGGAGCCGAAUUACCUUCCUUGGCAACCGCAGAAAAUAGUAGUGAAAGAAAUGCAACUGAUUCAUCACUGGAUAAUUGCUGCCUUUGUAACGAUUUACAACAGGAUCCGUGUGCAAGCCGACGAUGACAUAAUCACCCUCUUUCGCCACUUCCUCGAGAAAAUCAAGGUGUCCAAUGUGGAACAGAUCAAAGGCACCGUUGUAGACGGCAAAAAUUGCGAUACACCAGUGUACGGAGACCGUCCCAGAGAAUUCAUCAACUUCGGCUCUUUCUCCGCAUCUGUAGUUUCCCAUCCAUCUACAUCGUACUCUCGUUCACCCGUCAAUAAAUGCGACUUCAACAUCAACAGCAUUCGCCCCACCAAAUCGGUUGUCGAAACACCUUGUACGCAGGGAAAAUUCAAGACGACCCAGAUCAGUGGGUUGCGGAAGCAACCAAUUUCAUUAUCGCUGGUGCGGAUGCAAUUUUCUUUCAUUUCCUUCCCAGUCCCCUGCAACAUCCCAUAA